CGCAUGCGUCACUGUCUACAUAAACCACGCCCCCCAUUUCCGUGAAGACGCUGGACCCUCAAAACUGACAGCAGCUCCUUUCAGAGUCAGUCCUCCCGUUAACUGUGAGUUAGAAACGGCCCGUUGAUUUCAACCAGACUUGCCAGAUCCCAUCAUGACGAUCAUAUGCUUGUUUCUACUCAGCAGUCUUGGCCUUGCUCUAACUGUUCAAGCUCGAGGCUGUGAAAGGCCUGUUCUGGGACCCAACAUGAGUCUCAAAGGCACAGAUAUAUUAUUAAAAGAAUUUCCAGAUGGGACUAAAGUUGGUUUUACUUGCAACGAUGGCUACAUCCCUAGAGGAGGUCCUACAACCAGUACUUGUACUAAUGGGGAGUGGAGCGCCAUGGCCAUGCAGUGCGAGAAGAAGAACUGUGGCUCACUUGGGGAAGUGCCAAAUGGUGAUAUCGACUACUCUGAAGGAACAGAGUUUGGCAAUACAGCUGUGGUCACAUGCCAGCUUGGUUACACACUGGUUGGUUCAAGUCGGAUCCAUUGUGGAAACGAAGGUUGGAUGAACAGGUUGCCUAAUUGUGAAGUGGUAGCCUGUGAAACACCAGCUCAGAUAACGGACGGCACAUUCAGUCCAGAGAAAGAAAACUAUGAAUACAGAGAAGUUAUCCAUUACACCUGUCGGAAGGAUUUUACUCUCAGUGGAUCGGUUUCUCGCAUGUGUUCAGAAAACGGAUCAUUCUCACCUGAAGCUCCAGUAUGCACCAACGUCCAGUGUGCCAAACCGGACGUUAAAAAUGCUAACCGUGUUGGAGGUUUCAAAGCUGUCUAUAUGUACAAAGAGGUAGUGGAACAUGAGUGUCAACCUAAAUACACAAUGAGUGGAAAGAGCACCUCUGUGUGUGACAUUAAUGGAAAGUGGACGCCCGCUCUUCUGAAAUGUGAAGCUAAUAACUGUACCAAACCUGUGGGAGGCUCUCACAUGAGUUUACAGGACACAGGCAUUAUUUCCCAAAUAUUCCCACAUGACACCAGCGUUACUUUUGCCUGUGAUGAUGGCUACCAGCCUGUAGGAGGAUCUGCAAUUAAAUGUACGACUGGGGAAUGGAGUUCUUUGACGCUGAGAUGCCAACCUAAAAACUGUACCAAACCUGUGGGAGGAUCUCACAUGAGUUUACAGGACACAGGCAUUCGUUCCCAAAUAUUCCCACAUGACUCCAGCGUUACUUUUGUCUGUGAUGCUGGCUACCAGCCUGAUGAAGGAUCUGCAGUCAUGAAAUGUACGACUGGGGAAUGGAGUUCUUUGACGCUGAGAUGCCAAAAAAUCCCACCCACCAAAAAACCUGGCAAAGAGCAUGAAUAUGGUGGAGAGGAGUCAGAAAGUGGUGGGAGUUCCAAAACUAGAGAUUGGGUGAUUGGUGUGGUGGUUGUUGUUGGCGUAUGUCUUGGUGUUGGUGGAGGAAUCUAUUACAAGAAAAAUAAAAAAGAAGGCUUUCAGAAAGGCACUCCUGAAAAUGAGACCACGAGAGGGGAAGGAGAGCCUGUGCCGCUCGAGAGUUGUUAAGGAGACCGACAACAGAGCACAUUCAAACUUCUGUACACCAGGAUCUCACAACGUCUUUCGAGAAGUCUGACCAAGACCUCCUCUUUCCUCUCUUGUAGUAAGCGCAGCAGUCCUGUGGGUCCAACACUACUGGAUGUGAAAACGUCUGAAUAAGAAGAGGAUUGUCUCUGGACUGGACUUUGAAUGUACUUGUGUGGCGCAUGUGGAUGUGGAUGUGGAUGGCGCAGGCUUUUGGAACCCCUUGGUAAAUUUUUGUGAAUGCAGGUCUGAGAUUCUGAAUCCCCUGCAGGUUGAGCUAAAGCCUUUGCGUUUGCUUUAAAGGGGUUUCUCCGAUUAGUUGACAGUAGUUUUCAUUUUAGUAGGUCACUCAAAACUUCAUUUUUAGUCUUGCAUAAUUCAACGCGGUGAUGUGUCAGCUGCCUUAUGAUCCAAUGACGACAUCACGGUAGAUUUUUUGAUCCUGUAAAUAUGAAGGAGUGAGAUUUUGUGUUUUAAACUUGCACUAUAGCAAACAGCUCAGCCAAUAUCACACAGCUACAACAAUAUGUAUACAGAAUCAGUACAAUAUAUAUUCAUUACUCAUUUUCAACAGGCGGCUCCAAGCCAAUAAAUCAGUCUUGUACAUUAAACUUCCUCACUAACAGAGGUAGCAGACGGGGUCUGUCAAACAGCCCGGAACAUUGUGCCUGAACAGAAAGGGAUAUUUAAUAUGCCUUAAAGAAGUAACUGUCUUAGUUUGUUGUGCGUCACUUCUUGUGGUUUUUCCUGUGAAAGUGCAUCAACAUUAACCCAAACGAGGUUCGUUCUGGAGCCUAGCUUAGCUUCAUGUUUGUGCUAAGUUAAGUAUUAGCCAAAUUAAGUUUUCACUGAUUAAAGAACAUUAAAGAAAAUAUUAUUACUGUUUGGAUCUAAAUUAUUAUGUAACAUGUUUUUUGUCACAGUUUGAGUGUGAGAGCAGAACGAGGUACAUUUGAAGUGACGGUUCCAGACUUGUUUGUUACAUUGAGCUGUAUAGAAGGUGAUUCCUGACUUUUUUUUGCACUUUGCUUUGCGUACAAAUCUUAAUUUAUUAAACUUAAAUGUGUCAGAACAUCUCAAGCAUUUUUUGUAUGUUUUUAGAGGCAGGCUGAAAUCCUGCUGUCAUAUGGGCUCUACCUUUUAUAAUCAGUUAAUGGAAUAAAAUGAUACCAUACAAUGAA